CUCCUGUGAGAGAAUCUGAUUGUCCAGUAGUAAGUGGGUGUGUCACUUGACAUAUAAAUACCUCGAGUGAGUUCAUUUUGACGUAAACUAGUCAGGGAAUCUCAUCAUCCAUCUGUCCUCCUAACUCUUAUCGAUCGUUGCGUCACUGAAGGAAAUGUCUCUCCGUGGGACUGUCGCGCUCCUGCUGUUCCUGUGUCUUUCACAGCUCAUCUUCACUGCUGACAGCAUUAGAGGAGAGAGGAGGAAAGGAAGGAAGCCGGAGAGCCAAGGUGAUAAAAACAUUUCCGUACACAAGGGAAAGUUUACAACCAAGGACAAGGCGCAGUGCUUGUGGGUGGCGCGCGGAGAGGACAACUACACCAUGACUGUUACAUGUAAGCCUGGAAACGAGGAUGGAUUCAGCUGUAAAUACACUGCCAAGCCCGCGACGUGCACCGAAUAUGGGUCUAAUCCCAAGGGUUAUUGGAAACAGAUCGCCAGAUCUGUUAAAAAGCAGAAGAAACUUUGCGCGGAUGCGCGCGCACUGAUCCGCGCGGGCAUGUGUAAGCGUGCGCCGCUGGCCGCGCAUUUCAAACUCAUCGAAACGUCACAAGAGAAACCCCCCACAGAGAAAACACCGACGACCACGAGCACAAAGCGCCAGUGCACGGAACGCACUGACCACAGCGAGGUCGCCAAAGAGAGGUGCGGAGAUUCCUGGGCGAGUCUCUGCGCGUUUGUCUUUACUAUAAUCCAGAGCGGAGACUGUUGAGCAUGUGUAUGCGUACGUUUGUCGCUAAUUAUAUUAUAUAAUACUAAUAAUAC